AAUCUAACCUGAUCAAACGAAUUAGUAAGUAACGGUAAUAAGCCAAACAUCGACAAAUAAUGUUAUCUCUACGCUGGAUGUCGAUGAACACCUGACGAUCGCGUCUGCUACCAAAUCCCCCGGGAUCUGGAGGAGUCCACAUAGGUCUCCUGCGACUCCCAGAACUUCAGAUCUCAGAUGCCGCUACUCCAUGUUCUUUUACGCGUUUGGCAAAGCUUACUAACAAGUUUUGGGACCAACAUUCAGAGGAAUGAUCAUUUAAAUGCUUCGCAUUCGCAUUUGCGCAACCUUACUUCGAAAAUUCGAAAAUUAAGAUGGAUUGGCGGAACUUCGUCGGCAAAUGUAUAUGAGGCUGUAUAUUCUACCGCUACAACCUCUAAACAGAUUGCUGUGAAAUCGUUGAGGAUAGAAAUUUUCGGAAACAGGGGGCAAUCCGAAGGCGAGGAGUUAUUAAUCCGAGCUAAUGCCUGGAUGACUUUGCAACACGAUAAUAUUCUUGUUCCUAUAGGAUUUGCUGAUGGAUUUGGACCCCUUCCGUCGAUUGUAUACGAUUGGAUGCCUGGCGGGACAUUGACCUCAUACCUCGAAGAAAACUCUGACAGUCUAAGUGUUCUGCAAAGGUUUUACCUGAUCAAGCAAAUAGCGUCUGGACUCUGUUACCUGCAUCACAAGAAUGUCGUUCAUGGCAAUCUACAUGGAAAUAACGUCUUAAUUGAUGCUAUGGGUGUUGCAUAUCUUGCAGAUUACGACAUUACUGCAACACACCGAGGGCAACAUAUUCCCCCAUCUGUGAGAUGGGCGGCGCCAGAGCGCUUUGACAGCCAAAAUGUGGUUGCACCCACGACCAAGAGUGAUGUCUACUCUCUUGGAAGUAUCAUAUAUCAGAUCCUUACUAGCCGUCAGCCCUAUUAUGAGGUCAAAAGCAGAUCCAAGGUUUCUAUCGAAAUAUUAAACGGAAAUAGACCCUCGCGAUCGCAUGAUACUCAUAUUGCUGAUCAUCACUGGCUAUUCAUGCAAAGAUGUUGGUCCGUCCCAGAAAACCGCCCUUCUGCCGCUGAAGUGCUACGCUUUUCUCAAACGGAAGUCGAACUUCUCAUCACAUAGGCCUAUGUGAGGAACUCAUGUCCACUUGUUUAUCCUUUUGCUUGUGAUUCAUACACUCGUCUCUAAAUUCUCAUUACUAUGGACUUCAUGGGGUCAUGGCCACCGGCGUUGUUUCUCUGACAGCACGGGGCCCCAUUAUUCUGGAUAUCAUACAUGUCACAUUUUAUCAGUUACACAAUGUUUUUCGUAGAUGUGUAUGAUUCGAGAAUCUUUCGGCACCCAUAGUACUAACAUCUAUUUGUAUUACAUAAUUGUAUGUCUCCCUCUGCUAUUUGAUAAUCGCAGCGCUCUACCGGCCCUCUA